AUGGCAGAUCUUGCCCAGAUAGCAGAUCUUCAUUCGGAGCAAUAUGAAGCGCUAUUUAGAGAAGCAAAUCCUACCAGCGCUGUUGCUGUUGCUGCCAGUGAUGCAGCAGCGUUUCUAAAACGUUCAAAUUUAAAUAUGCAACAGUUGGGACAGAUAUGGGAGCUUGCCGACUACCAGCGAAAGGGAUCCCUGGACAAGAAGGGCUUCUUCAUAGCCUUUAAACUUAUAGCAGCUGCCCAGCAAGGCCUCCCUAUUUCCCCGCCUUCUGUCACCACUAAGGGAUUGAAUCCACCACAUUUUGAGGGUAUCCCCGCAAGACCUCCUAUGUACCAUCGUCCAUCCUUAGAUAGUGCUCCAAGUGAAUGGUGUAUAAGUGCAGCUGAUCAGGUCAAGUACGAUUCAAUUUUUGAGUCGCUAUCUCCAGUUGAUGGGAAAUUGCCUGGCGCAAAAGUAAGACCAGUCUUACUAAAUUCCGGCUUGAGUCCAACAAUACUUGCAAAAAUAUGGGAAUUAGCUGAUCAAGAUAAAGAUGGUCAGCUAGAUAGGAUUGAAAUGGCUGUUGCGAUGCACCUCGUGUACCGGGCUCUUCAAAAUGAACCAGUUCCUGCAGUUUUGCCCAACUCUUUGAUACAUCCAUCCAAGUCUAACUUGUCGCGGCGAACCUCAGCAGCAACCCUGACAUCGAGUAUUACUGGAAGCGUACCGCCACCAGUUCCGAUGCCGCCGCACGCACAUAUCGGAGUUGGCCAAACAAAUUAUCGUUCGCGUGCCGGAAGCAUGACAUCUUUGGAUGGCAUCGGUCAUUCUCCUAGACUUCCUCAGUUCGAAAACAGAAGUGCUUCCGUUCAGCCAAACCAGUUCCCAAGGAAUGAAAGUGCGCCGGCUACUCCAGUACGUGGAAUGGCUGCGCCGUUGUCAACGUCGGUGGCAAGCAGUAGUAACUCAUCCCUUGAGUGGCCUGUUGACAGAUUCGCUUCUGCAGCUCAAUUUGCUGCUUGCGACACCGAUUCGGAUGGGUUUGUCAAUGGAAACGAUGUGAAGCAUGUACUCCUCAGUUCAGGGCUGCCGCAGGCGGAACUCGCGCAAGUAUGGGCGCUCUCUGACGUCAAUCAGACUGGAAGACUUAAUCAAGAGCAGUUCGCUCUUAUUAUUCAUUUGGUAAAUAUGAGGAAGCGCGGAGAAGACCUUCCACAAAUCCUGCCACCGUUCCUGGUACCACCGUCUCUUCGCGUGCUUUCAGUUCCUGAAAAUGGCCACACAUCUGCGGACGUCAAUGUCAGCAACGCGAUGGCUGCUGGCGAAUCAGAAGAAAUGCGCAAAUUAGUUGAAGAAAUGGAAAAACUCCUUGCUGAUAGAAGAGAGGCCGAUGUGCAAGUGUCACAAUUGGAAGCUGAUAUGAAAGUAAAAGAUAGUCAAAUAAAAAACCUGCAGGUUGAACUGCGAACGCUAGAGGUGACUGUAAAGCAAUUGGAACGACAAAAAGCAGAGGCAGGUCGGCGUUUGGCUGAUUUGGAUGAACAAAUAAGGCAAUUAGAGUCCGCUGCUCUUGCACAAGCCAAGAAAGCGGAGGAAGCACAAAGCAGAUUGAACCAACUCGUUGAAGACACUCAGAAGGAUGUUGCUCAUGCAGAGUCAGAUCAACAAGAAAUAGCUCAGCUUAAAGCAGAGUUGGCCCAAUUGGAGGCUGAGCGUCUAACAUUCUCUGGCCAGCUAGCAAAUGAGCAGAAAGGAAUGGAAGCUGCUGUCGAUAAACUAACUGAUAUUGAGCGCAAGCGUCAGCGUGAUGAAGCUCAGCGAGUGCAACUUAAUGAUGCUAUUGCACAUGCUGAGACAGUUGUCAGUGAUUUGGAAGCGGUGCUGAAGUCUAGCGAUCCUUCGACUGCAUUGUCUAACAAACUCAAUUUACUGGAAGAUAUUUCUAAGAAGGAAUUGUUCAACGAUGUUCCAUUCGCUGUUGCUUCAACGUCCAAUCACUCAAAUACGAUUCACCAACCUCCUGAUCCCUUUGCGGGCGUUCAGUCAGGAGGCGUUCACCACGCUGAUCCCUUUGCCCAGACUGAUCCUUUCGCUGCCGCCGCCGCCACAGGCAGUUUUGCUGUCCAGUUUCCCCAGGAUCCAUUCGCUGGUGCUGCAGGUUCGGCUGCCCCUCAGGAUAUGAGGCCAUCAAGUGCAGGAAAGGCCCCACCACCACGUCCUGCCCCUCCGAAAUCUAGUGCACGACAAACUCCUGUAAAUGGGGAUCCGUUUGCGAACACGGAUCCUUUUGCUUCUGAGGCUACAAACGUUCCCGGUGGAUUUGCAGACUUCUCUAGCUUUGGCGCUUUUGCCAACUAA